CCGUGAGUGUUGUGGUCAUGCUGUGUGAUGACGUAAUGUGAUGCCGUAUCCUUGCUCAUAAGUGUCAUGCGAACUUUACCUCAUAUCUCAUCGGCACGAAAAGUUGCUCGUAUUUCGUCACUCGUUCCUCAAUAUGUGCACACGAAAAUGUGGGGUUGAUGUUAUCAAUUAUAUUUGUCAAGGCGCGAAAGUGCUGCUUGGGUUACGGGUUUAAAUGUCACGGCGCGAAAGUGCUGAUGAGAAAGGGGCCCCUAAGGCCAGCAGGGGAGUGUACAAGCAGAGACAAGGAUUUGGCGUCCAGGAGCGUCUGGAUGGUUCCACGUAUGAGGGAGAGUUUGUUCAUGGCCUUAAACACGGCAAGGGGAGAUACACCUGGAAGAGUGGAGAGUUCUAUGAGGGCUCUUUCUACAAAGACUACAGGCAUGGUGAUGGAGUCUACUGUUGGCCAUCAGGCAACAAAUUCAUCGGCAGAUUUUACCUCAACUGGAGAGAAGGAUAUGGCAAGCAUCUUUUUCCUGAUGGUGCCAUAUUUGAGGGUUUGUACCAUUCCGACCAGAGGUUUGGCCCAGGUGUGCUUAAGGAGUCCUCGGGGCGUCAAGAUGUGGGUAUUUGGCAUGGAAAACAUCUGAUACAACUCUGUAACACAGUAGAAGACAGCUUCAGCUUGAAAAACAUCCCUGAAUAUGCGGUAUACUUGGACGAAACCACUGCAUCACCUUCUCUCAAUCAGGGAGCCCGUGAUGACAAUUUGCUGUUAUUUGAAGACAAUACCAUUGUCCCCUCCGGAAUUGAGAAUUAUUCCAUGGACAGUGACCACCUCCCGUUUCCGCCGAUGAAAAGAAGAGAGUUCGACAAACAUUUUUACGGCAAUCUAUGGGAGCCCGAGGAUGAUCCUUACCAAGGCUACAAGAGAGACCCGCUCUCCUCCCUGCCCUUAAAGAGUCGGAUGCUGGCUCUAAUUCACAAACACAGACGACUGGCUGAGAACUUGGACUGGGAUGUGGCAGCGGUUCUCUCCUUAAAAAGGGACAGUUUUGGUGAUAAGGGGUUUUUGGAAGUCACGUCCGAACUGUUGAUCCAGCAGGCUGCCACUGGAGAGCGAGAAGCUGUUUUCAAGAUUCUUCUGGAUGGCAUUGUUCACCCUGAUGUGGCAGAUUCUCAUGGUCACACCGCACUUAUUGCUGCCACAGUAAAUUGCCGAAAUGAUGUGAUCCACCUCUUGUUGGAUAUGGGUGCUAAUAUUGACAAGUUGAAUUUUGAGGGCAUGUCAGCCUUGUCUGUUUGUCAUUGCCUCUACUACCCCUUUCAGUCUUUGUCCACGUUUGCAGGACCUCCUACCACGUCACAGGACGUCACGGGUCAGUUGAUUCUUCCAGAAAAGCCACAUAGCAGUAAUCAGAAGAAGGCGCUACUACAUUCAGAAGGCUCAACUCAGCAGGACGGCGACAAAGACCCGACCCCGCCACAGUCCUUCACCUCGACCUGCUCCAUGUUCAGCUACCACAUAACUGUCACAGAGGAAGUCAUUCAGGGUGCAGUUGAAGCUCUCAGUCGCACCGGCUUUCCUCAGCAUUUCGAUACUCAGGAAACCGCCCGCAGAAUGGCUGCGAUGAAGUUUAUGCACCGGGGCCGUUUGAUCACACUUAAUCUGCUGUUGGAUCGUGGCGCCGACCCGAACAUAUGCCGAUUCCCCUUACCUGUUCUCUUUUUGGCUAUUAUGGCGGGGGAUACUGAGACUGUCAAGAGACUUCUGCUGUGUGGAGCUCGCACUGAUAUUUCUCUCUCAGCUGAGAUGAAGGGACUAUUUCCUGUACAUGUGGCUACAGCCCUGCCAGGCCCAGAAGGUCCCAAAAUCAUAGAACUGCUGCUGCAUGCUUUAACUGACCCAGAUGCACGGGCAGGCGACCAGGAUGAGAUCUACGAACCAGAUAAGGUUUCCAUGAAGGCAAGAAAAACAUGGAGGAUCACGAAGCCAUGCCCCGGAGAGGGAGGACGAACACCUCUUCACGUGGCCUGCCAGAGAGCCACUGACCACUGUAAUGCCAGCAAGGUGGUUUCCCUAUUGCUCUCCCACAGAGCCAGAACAGAUCUCCUCUGGAGUGGACACUCACCUCUUUCCUUGGCAAUAUCAAGUGGCAACGAAGUGGCAGUGGAGGAGCUAUUGAGAGGAGGUGCAGACCCUAAUAUUCCUUUGUGUCGUGGAGUGGGCAAUGCUCUUUGUGCACUAAGUAACUUCAGCUACGAUCUCGAUGACAAAAGAGUAAAACUGUUGGACAUGCUGGAAAAGGCUGGUGCUGACAUGUUGAUGCCGGUCAUUGUCGGUGAUGUCAAGGGGACUGCAGUUGACUUUGCACACCACUCUUUUAAUCAGGACCUGCGUAUUGCCAACACGCCCUUCCACACUCUCAACAUGGGGGAGAGGGAAACGUUCAAAACACGUCGCCACCUGCUGAGCAUCAUGGGAGAUCUGCUGAGACACACGGCGGUUCAGAGGGAGAAAGAGCAAAUUGAGAAAGAAAAGCGCAUUUUGCAGACUUCUAAGUUUACAGGUGAAGGUGCGGUCGUUUCCAAUGACAACAAAUCUCCCACGGCGGCGAAACAAAGGAAACCCUUUAAGUUCUGUUACCAUUGCGGUCGCUCCGCAGCUGUGACGCUGACCGCUUGUACUCGCUGCCACAAGGUGCUUUACUGCUCGACACACUGCAAACUGAAAGCGUGGAAUAAGGGACACAAGGAGGAGUGUGUCCGGGAGACUCUGGAAUAGACUUUCUCGGGGGAAAAGUGUGUGUAGUUGCGACUCCCCUUCUUUACAACUGGGAAAGUUCAUCUUACCCGUCUUCACACUUGCACGUACUACCAGGAGGACAAACUGCGAUGACAAAAAAGGGAUGCACGAGAUGAAGUACAGAGAACGUGUCAAGGCUUUCGGGAAUGAAAGGACACAUUUGGGAUUGUAUGGUAAGAA